GCAGUUUGAUCGCGUCGACAGUGUGUUUCCAUUGAGUGGUUGUCAUUAAUUCUUUGCGCCACAAUCACAGUACAAGACAUAGACAUUCUAUGAGAACCGUUCCAAACGGCUGCAUGACCUUCGCAAUCCUACUACGAGUUAUGGCUGCUACGCAUAUCAAACUCCCCUUUCGGCCGCCAUCAUCAUGACCAGCGCUCCAGAACCAGACGAAACUCCGCUCCAGUUCGAGCCCGCCGAUCGUAUUUCAAUUGCCGACAUCUCUCCAAGUCUCACGAAUACUUCCUCUUAUAUACUGGCCAAUGUUGCCCUGGUCUGGCCCUACUCCAGUUCUACGGGUACACUUGCGCUCUUGUUGGCCGACCCAGAUAUCCGGGCUCGGAAGUCUAAAGGUCAAGUCAAGGUGAUAUUUCGAGAUGGAAGCGCCAGAGAAGUUGCAAAAACAAAAGUCGGUAUUGGGGAUGAGGUUCGUCUGAGACUGGUCGGCUGCGAGUGGGAGGAAACCGGAGAGACCAUAUCAACACCGGGCAAAAAGAUAGACUGGGACCUACGAUAUCGGAACCGUGUCGUUCUACGAGUGUCACGGGAGGACAACCAGAUUGCCGGCGUGGAUUAUACAAGCGUCGACACUGAACAGCCCCCCACUAAUGGGGUAUUUGAGGCACUACGCAGCGCACAGGAUGUUGGACCACAGUUGAACGGUGUCGUGCAUCAUGAACCAAGCACGAUCCGAGUGCCUCUUUUGACACCCUCGAAAUCAGCUCGAAACCCUAGCGGAGGCAGUUUCUUCGACGUCCCCCAAGAUCCUUCUGCAGAGGAUGACGGAUAUGUUCAUGGUCGCGGUCGCAAGCGGACGAAGUUUGCCAGGCACAGUGGGGCGUGGAGCUUGGUCGACGCAGAAGAUGAGCCCACACCGCAGGAUCCUGUUGCUGAGGCUGAGCCAAAUGGAGCAAGCACACCAGUAGAUCAGCCCUCGGAACGACAAGUGAUCGAUUUGAGUUCAGAUCCAGUGGAACAGGAGCAGGAAGCCUCCCAACAUGUUGCGCCGGAUGCUUCUGCUGCAGAGCGUUCGGCAAUCGACAGGCAAGGUUCUGCAACGCAGGAAUCUGCUGAGGACGCAUACCAUACUGCUCAGGCACACGACACCGAGGCCGGAACUCGCACGGAAAAGCAAAAUACUACACCUGACCCGAUAGUUGUUGGAGACAACCUCAGUGUCAGCACAGAGAAUGAGGAUAUACAGGAACACCGAGCUGAGGAAGAGCUUCUUGUCGAUGAAAGUGGUCGUACCAAGGAGCACUUUGGUGCUGAAGGCGGUCAUGCUGCCGAAGACCAUCCGCAGCAGGACAUUCUCUAUCACUCGGAGGCCGAACCUUCUCUUCCUCCUCGUACACCCGUUACCGUCAGUCUGGUGGGGGAACAAGAGGUGGAUGAUCUAGGUCUAUCCCACCCUACCGAGCCGCCAGAUCAGAUGCUGGAAGCACCGCCAGCGAUCAUGGGACCACCUCAGACACCAUUGAGAUUAGGUAUGCUUCGCACACAAAGCGCCGGCAACGUCAGUGAGUACAGCGAACCCGCUUCUGACGCCACUACGACACCUCGACUUCAUCCUCUCGCCUCUCCAGGUUUACCUCUGGUCUCUCCCCUGGUUCAACGUUCUGGUGUUGAUGUUGGGUAUUUUCCACUUUAUCAAGACGAUGCCUCUCAACUGGACGCAUCGGGGGCAGGGAGAGAUGCCGACAUAAUUGGAGUUCGGCGGGACAUCUUUGAGCAUGGGGCCAGUGAGGUUAUACGGAAUGCGGGACUCAACAUUCGCAUGGAGGACGAAGAGGUGACGCCGCAAACUGCGACUGCGCACAUCUCCAGUCCAUCUGAUGAGUCUGUGGUUUUCGUGCAAGACACCACGACUGAAACACCGAUAUCACCCCAGGCGGAUGCGCAGGCUUCAAUGGAAAACAAUUCGCCUGACUCGUCACAUGCUCAACAGCCAGUCCCAGUGCAAGAGCCAGACAUUCAGCCUACUGCUAGGCUUGACGACCAGCAGUAUGAAAGCACGAUCACCGAGCAAUGGCUAUCUUCGACAGAGUUGGCAAUCGACCGAGAACUUUACGAACGCGAAGAACCACCUCACCUGAACAUUGCAGCACAGGCUGCCGAAGCGGUGGAAAUUGAGGAUGAUGAUCUUUAUGGACCACCUCCGGAAAGCGCAUCCAACCUUGCAUCUCCAAUGGUCCAGGACAUGCAGCCACAACUGAUAAGUCCGUUAGAUGUGGUGGAGCAAUUUCUCCAGAUAGCUUCUACCGAGGAAUUCGCUUCCGAUCCUGCCGCUCAUGUUGUUGAAGAUCAAAAUGAACAACCUCAAGAUCGACCCCCAGCUAGUGAUGGUCCAGACACGAAUUGGCAAGAGAAGAUUACUGUCGGCGCGGUCGAAUGCAACUCGCCGGGUACAUAUCCAGCUCCACCAUUCCCAUUUCAACAAAAAUGGCACAAGCCAAAGACCUCUCGCACAAGCAGUCGUCGGUCCUCUGCGAUCUAUACACCCAUCCCAUCACUGGACGGCAAUGUUGAUGAGCGGGAAACCUUUCCAGCUGCUGAAGAAAGCAUUUCCGAACUCAUAGAAGAAGAGUUGCUACCUGCCGUAGAGUCAAGGCCUACGCUACAGUCUGCAGAUGCCGAUAGUCCAAUGCAGGAUGUGGAUACUACUGGGGAGGACGUCGUGCAUGGUGAUAUGAAAGAGACAGAGGAAAUCAGGAGCAUCGAGGAGCGCCCAGAACAGGCCGAACCCCACUUUGCAGCAGUCGAUGUCGAUAUGCUUGAGGCUGAAGACGCAGCCCAUGAAGUGGUCCUGGUUGAUACGACAGAGAUUGAGGCAAUUGCCAUUGCUGAAGAGCGUCAGGCGAUCUCAUCUCAAGACGACCUCAUUCAUGUCGUCCCCACACCCCACAGUCCACACUUAACAGACACUGCUGCCAUCCAGUUACCUACUCCGGACGACACUCAGGACGAGCAGUAUCCACGUGACCGUGAUCAGGACCACGAGCCUGUUCAGGAGCAAGGAGCUGUCUCUCCGGGCCUGCCCUCACCUCUUCCAACCCAGCGAGAUGCAGCCGCUGUCGAGGUUGAGGAAGUCGCGCAGGUGCACGCAGAAGCAGAAGUUGCGACUCCUGUUACAGCAACUACCCAUAUUCAAGUACAUCCUGAAACGUCAGCCGCCCGUCGCACUUCGCAACGCCUCUCCAGCAGAAGGUCAAUCAUGUCGAACAACAUCUCGAGCCCUUACUUCACUCCUCGUAAGGCACCACGCGCCGCAUCAUCCUCCCCAACGCGAAAGGAGAAUAUCAACCCAUCAACGCCACGGCUCAGCAGCCCCAUUCCCUCGUCUUCACGUGGUGGCACGAAAUCGCCCUUGCCGCUGCAGCCAAUCGAAGAGCAGGAAUAUGGAACAAUAUUGGCCGGUCAACGCGGAGUCACGGACACGUCCAAUGUGCCUCUCAAGCGUGAAGGAAGUGGCAUCACAACGCCUUUGGCCUACCAUCCGUACUUAGAGUCUCUUCACGAGCACUUCGGACAGCUGGUCGAUGUCAUUGGUGUCUCCGUUGAGCAUUCGUCCGGGCCGGAACGAUCAAAGCUAGGACCCAAGGAUUAUUUCACGAGUCUUAGACUGGCAGAUUCCUCAGUUCAGUCUGCUUUUACCGUGCAGAUCUUCCGACCUUCGAAGUCUGCGCUGCCAGUGGCUCAACGUGGCGAUGCGGUCUUGCUACGGAAUUUCAAGGUUCAGACUUUGAAUAGAACGUUCAUGCUUGUUAGCAACGAAGCAUCAUCAUGGGCGGUUUUUCAGCCCGAUGCUAAUGCGUCGAGUUCCUGGUCAAAGGUCGUUGUGGCAGGACCGCCUGUCGAGUAUGGCCAUGGUGAGACGGACACGGUGAGCUCAUUACUUUCGUGGUGGGCUGCAGAAGGCGAGAAGCAUUCUGGACCACCAGACGUUGAGAAUGCCCUUGAUGAAACACAUAUGGUCAACGGAGUAUCGAAUUCGCCCAGCCCGAAGAGAAAGCCCACGCCAAGGACUCGACGGAAGGCAAAUAUCGCGGAUAAUGUUGGAGAUGAGAAAGAACAGGUCAUCGAGGACGACGAUGUCGAGAUGACUACACAGCCAGUAACUGAGACCAAUGAUCUAGAGAGCCCGAUGACGAAGCCACCACCAAGCAUUCGCAGGAGAGACAACAUGACGGACAACUUCGGCAACGACGGCGGAAUGAGUGAUGUGCUUGAGGAAGAUGAAGCGGAAGCUGGUGAGACCAAUCCGCCAGCGCCCACCAUCAGCGACCGGAGAGGAUCGACGAUCUCAAUUGCUUCUUCAGCUGUCAAACUUGCGGGCAAGGCGUCUACACCGCGCCGAAGCGCUCGGCAUCGCAGAUCUCAGAGUGUGGUGCAUGAGCUUCGAGACGGGACCAAGUAUGUGGACGAUGACCGCCGGAGAAGCGGUAGCGUUGUGCAUGAGCUGAGAGACGGGGCAACUUACGUUGACGAGUAGAGUUCUUGAUCGAUGAGGGUGUAGUCAUUCGUGCAGGUUACGUGGGCUGCUGCAUGAUGAAGUAUCACUUAUUGUAUGAGCAUGGCAUAGCAUAGCGUGGCGUCGGAUGGACAUUGGACGCUAGCAUAUCGCAUAGCGGGCAUGUAGGAUAAACAUGACGAUUGUCUGGUAUGAUCAGGUCGUCAAUCAGUCGGUUGCAUCACACAGCAGAUCAAUGUCAGACCCUCCGAGCCUUGGACGGUUUCAAUAUUGGCAGUACAGUAUCCUUUCUGAACACUCACGAAAGGUCCUGAAAUCAAAUCAACACACGUGUGCCCUCGCAGUGGGAAUAUUGUAUGCAUUGAAACUCGUAAUCUUCCCCUGCUUCUAAAGUAUUCG